GACAAUUAGAGUGGUCUUCGAAAUUUUAGGGCGCUUUCAUUCAAGUACGCCUCUAGUGCGUACCUGCUGGUACAAGUCUCAUGUAAUACUUUAUUGUACGUAAUUUACUCAUUCACCCACGAAAACAUCACUGGAUUGCAUUUAUUUAGUAUAAAUAAACAAUAAGCAGUUAUCUUCGAAGUUAAUGAAACAGGUGAUCUGUCAUCCUUUUACUGUUAAUAAUGUUAUCGACAGCUGACAAAUUGAGAGGCUAGAUUUACCUUUACAACAGCCAGGAAAUCAGGGUCAACCAAGCGCGCGGGCUAUGACUUAGGCCAUGCUAUAAAAAUGGAAGUAGUUAAUAUAGGCGAAGGCCGGUAUGAACAGAGUGAAAAUGUACCGGGAAGCAGCAUUGACAGCGACGCCUCUAGCAGCGCGUUCGAGGGCAACGACAGUGAUCACUGUAGUGAAGACUUGGACAAAACAUCCGAAGGUGACUUGAAAGAAGAUCUGCAAAAGACAAUACCAGAAUGCUAUAAAUCUGAUUCAAAUUUUUCAUCACAUACCACAAGCAUCACAAACGAUGAAGAAUUUCAGGCGACGGCUCUGUGCCAAUUUAUGGAUAUUUUAAAUGAUUUAGAUGAAGUUUUAGAUAAAUCUUUACUUGCGUGCCUUGAUGAUGGCACGAAAAGCUUCGAUAGUGAUGAAGAAGAUCUCAUUUGUAAGAUUAAGGAAUGCAUUGGCGAAGGUCAGGAGGAAUCUGACCAUUCAGAAGCCCAAAGUUCUCUGGACGACAAUACUCAAGUAAUAACAUGCUCCAACGUACAUCCAUCAGCACCGCCUCUAGAAGAAAUGGGCAUCACAUCCAGUGUAUCUGAAAGAUCGAAUCUCACAAGUCUUGGUCGUUCGAAAAGUUUUUCAGAACUAACUGAUAACGAUCGACAGGCUUUAGUUUCAUCAUUAGAGAGAGCAAGCACGACAGCCGACACUUUGCGUAAUUCAAUGAGGAGAUUAGACCCUAUUGUUCUGCCGGCGAUAACAGCUGAGUCGUCGUGCGAGCCUCUUACACUACCAGUGAUACUUUUCCUGGAGCAUAACAUUAACAUGCGCCCGACAAGCGCUCCCAUACAGUUACAAGUAACCGCGGCAAAUCUUAGUAGUGACGGUGCUUCGGGUCCUUUGAUUGUGGGACGUCGUGCCUUACUAAUGAAUCGCACCCUUUCCCUUCCUUCGCCGGGAGAGAGUGACGUUACAACUGGAGAUUGGACUGGACGGAAUACAGCAAGGAGUACCGCGAGGAGCACAAGUGCAUCCAGCUCGUCCACUGAAUCGCUGAAUGUUGCUCCCAUAAUCCAAAAUGCUACAAGUGCCACUGAGGAGAGAAUUGAAGAGACUGAAGAACCUCCUUUUGGAGUUUGGCCACAUCGUAUGAGUGCCAUGUUGGCGUGCCUCAGUUGUACCGUGGGAAUAUUUAAUAUAUCUAGAUUUGCCAUAUUCAGUGUUCAUUUUGGAGCAAGCUUCAUAAUACAGUUUUUUAUACUGUCGUUUUUAAUUGGUAUACCGUUAUUCACAUUGCAUUUAUGUUUGGGCCAAGUGCUGGAGUCUGGCCCGGUGGACAUGUGGCGUAUAUCACCGAUAUUCCAAGGCGUAGGUGUUUCUCUGCUCAUUACCCAAGCCGUGAUUGGCAUGUACAGUAUAAUUGGCCUGUCUUGGAUAUUUGUUUACUUCAGAGACUCUUUCAUAACAUCAAACGACAGGUAUAAAUGGGCACUACCACAGGAAUUCAACUUUGAAGACGUUACAAAGAAUGGUACUUAUAAAAUACAGGAGACAUUGCCGCAGUAUUUUCACGAGGAAGUUUUACAGAGGAAUUUGGGGUCCAACACAUCGUAUUUCGGCACAAUAAAGUUUCAAGUUGCAUUCAAUUUAGCUGUAGUGUGGAUGAUAGUUUUCGUCGCACUUAGUAAAGGAUUGAGGUCUUAUGGCAAGGCCGUAUACAUGCUGAUAUUCCUACCGAUCUGCGGUACUUUGGUGCUGUGUACGAAAUUGCUCACGUUAAUCCCAUACGACACUGUCAUCAAUAUAUUCGCUGAGACUGAAUGGAGCGAGUUCUUCAUUAAUAGUAAUAGCUGGGCAGCCGCUGCACAGGAAACAUUCCUAACUUGGGGCCUUCUUGGUGCCUGUAUAAUGCAACUGACAUCACAUAAGAAUGCUAAAAACAAAACGAACGUAAUGCUUCAGAAGGAAAGUGCGUGCAUAGUGGCAUUUACCUUCGCCGUGUUGUUACUGGGAUCGUUCUUAGCCAACACUUGCGUGCAAAUAUUGAAGAAUUAUGGAUACGUUUAUAUACCGGGCAGUUUUGAGACGGUAAAAACAACACAAUUCUUAUGGCCCAUCUCGGAGCCAAUGCCAGGCAACGUGGUCUCCACACCAGUUCGGUACAUGGGCCACUACGGCAGCCUAGUAGGAGUUACAGUAUGGAAGACUGGCAACAUUGCUCGCGUUCUCAGCGGGUGGCAACCCUUACAGCUAGCAACACAGAUAGUACCAGCUACUCUUGCAGUGUUACCAGCUAAUUUGCUAUCUCCAGCAUGGGCCGUGAUAUUCUACUUCAUCAUCAUAAUGUUUGGCAUCGCGCAACAACUGGCGAUAUGGCACUGCGUCAUCACUGGCAUCAUGGCGAUCAAUGCCGAAGCUCUCAAAGUAUGGGAGACUACUAUCACAUUCUUAAGCUGCGUGUUCGGACUGGCUAUGGGAUUGCUGCUUAGUACUGAUGCUGGCAUCCGCAUAGUCCACUUCAUAGACUACGUAUGGGUUGGUUCGUGGUGGCAAUGCGUAAUACAAAUAUCUUUAGCGUGUGGCGUGUUCGUUGUACGAGGUCGGCCAUAUUCGCCCGAUGUGGUCGUGGCCGCGUUAUACUCGUCUCGUAGUCGACUAUCUGCUACGUUGGCUGCCCUACUCAGCUUUACAUGGACUGUUGUACUGCCUGUGUUAUUGUGUGCAAUUUGCGUGAUGGAUUUCCGAGUUGGACAACAAAAACAGAUGUACAGUUGGAGAAAACCAGCUGGCUAUUGGCCAAUAUGGUGUCGUCAGGUCGCAGUGUUUCUACAACAAGGAGCGUUACUACUGGUGCCUAUUGCCGCAUUCAUACAGACGUGGCGCUACAUGAAUAAAGGACCACCUGAUAUACUAGAUGAUUAUCGGGCAAACGAUUGUAUUGAGGAAUUGCGUAUUCAAAACCUUUACCGUCCUCGUAUGGGUGUGUCUCAAGAGCCUGGUUUAGGGCGAGCAGUUCCUUUGACUACUGCAUCAGCACCAGCACCACCAGACCCACCGCCCAAGUACACACCACCGCCUUCAUACUCCACUGCUACAGGAGCAAGAUUGUUGAAUACUAUAAGACGGAGCUUUAGAACUCUUAGAAGAAUCACAACAGCACGCGCGGAGCAAUCGCCCGCAGAAGACACAACGCAGCUACCAAUCACACUCAGCGAAACUGUAGAGCGGGAUGCCCUCGUCUCACUGGAGACCCAACCACCAGAGUACAGCGGUGUUUUUACCACACCAUCUAUAACCAUCACAGACGAAACCGACUCCAGAGUCACUCGACCACGUUCAUCAACAUCACGAAACUCUCUAUCUUUAACAAGAGACUAUCUUCGAAGAUCAUUUGUUCGUAAAAGCGAUUCAGCGAAGAGCAUUCGUUCUAGUUUACGAAGAAGUUUCAAGUAUGGAGGUGCCUUAACUAGUAGCCACGAACAAUUGGUUCGUGGUGCUGAGCCAAUGUCUACUACUGUAGCUAUGUCUGCCGUCAGCUCUUCACACGACUCUCACAGCCGCGCCUCUGUCAUAUGAAUAUUUAAUAAUCCGCCUUAUGUCAGGCAAUACGAAUAUUUUAUAUUUUUCGCCUGAACCCGUUACAAUGUAUUUUUAAGCGAUCGUAAUGUAUAGAGGAACGUUUCAAUAAUACUUAGUACUUACAUAAUAUACCGACGUUUGUCGUAAGUUCCCAAUUUAAAGAUUUCAGCAUAGUUCAUAGAAGAGCUGUAAAAUAGUGCAGACUGUAAUAACGUUUACUUAAUUAUUAUUACCUUAAUGAAUAACCAAUGCGUAAUGGACCCGGUUCAGAUUUAUUUUUCGACUAUACGUCGCCGUAUCUUGUUAUUAAUUCGUGGUUAGAUAUUAGGGUUAGAAAACGUAAUAAUUGUUAGUACUUAAUCGACGCUAACAUAAUAAGUAGUCAUAAUGAAGAGGAAUCUCAGUUACUUCACUAUUUUUUUAAAACAUUGUUAAUCUUUUAUUUUGUGUAAGCACAAUAAAUGAGCCAUUUAGCUAGAUAUAUAAGUAUAGCGUAAGUGUACUUACAUUGUAUACUUAAAAUGAUAAUAACCUCAGAGCUUAGAAAAAAAUGUGUUUAACAUUUGGAAAAUGUGAAAACGAUUGUUAACAAUUAUUUUUAAUGGAAAAUGUGAAUCAAUCAGACUAGAAAUGUGUUCUCGUUAAAUUAUUAUGAGCGUGUUUUUCUAAAUUAUGUGAAUGUAAUGUUGGCAAUGAAUGCAUUUUAGUGUUAAAUUAGUUAGUGUGAUAAUUUGUAAAGAGCGAUGCCCCUCGCGUUUUGAGUAUAUUUAAACAUGUGUGAAAGAAAACCCCAUUUUAAGAUAGAAUAGAAUCUCUAUUUUAAAUUCGAUACAUAAAUAUCGUUAGGUUGCAAUUUUUUGAUAUUCCAUUUUGUGGAUAAGGAUCGUUACGUAAACAAUACUUAGUAAUGUAAUAAAUACUUAUUACAAAAUCAGUGUUGAUAAUAAUAACAAUAAAUGUUUGUGAAAUCCCUUAGGUACAUAAUAAUCGAUUCACAUUUGGAAUCGAUAGUUAAGAUAUCGACACGAGCAAAUCGAGUCGAAGCAAUAAAUAAAUGAAUAACAGUGAAUGAUGUUGAAUGUGUCAAGUACUCAAGUACAAUGAAUUUAGUUCAGUAAGCGAACUGGUUGUUCGAUAGAUAUAGGUGAAUUAACGGCUGCUUAUUAGUUCCUUUCUCGCAUUUAUGUAAAACCGGCUACUCACUAUAUUAUUUUAAAUUAUUUUUAUGCAGCUCUAAACGGUUACUUCGUUAUAUGUAUACUUUUUGGCUAAUUUGAAUAAAGAUAAUCUAGAAUCUUUUAAAUGUCUAUCAGGUAUAAACUAGCUUUUGCCUUAGCAAGUCCAACUUGCCACAAACAGAUUAUAAGUAUUAUGAAUAUGAAAAUGUAGUUACAUUCAUAUCUCAUAUACGGUUAGACUGAAAUCUGCUUGUUAAGUUUUUAAGAAAUAGAUAAAAAAAAUGUGAAACAUGAAAUUAAAUCUAAAAAUUUGUCUAUUCAUUUUGCGAAGUCAUAAAUCACUAUAGAAAUCGCAUAUAAUAAUGUAUUUUAAUUUAAAAGUACACGUUUAAUAGUAUAAAUCGAAUAUUAUUUUACGACUAAGAACAACCUAAAAAUUGAUAUCAGCCGAGAUGAGAUCUCAGUGUGUUGUGAAAUGACGCUAUUUUAUUUUAAUCAUCAGUAUUAAGUUGGUUGUACUUGCAUUAUAAGUAGUGUGUAGCUGGCUCAGUGCAUUUGUUCUUCAAAAUUCUUAUUUUUAGUUCUAGUCACCAAUGCUUCCACCUUCUAAGUUUUAAACUUUUGGUAUAAACAUCACAUUUUACUAUAAUAGCAUUAUAUUUAUAAUUAUAUCACGUUUUUCUUGCACAUCUUUUAUAAUUUUACCUAUUUUAUUUUGAUUUUGCGCGUUCUUUAACAUUCCACAAUGUUACAAUGUUUUUGAAUUAGAUAAUAAAACAUUUUUACACUA